ACAUUCUUUUGUAGCGCGAAUUCGCGUCAUCGAAGGUACGGUGUUGCUACCUAUGAAUGUUUCGCGUGUGAGUGAAAAAUAUGUAAACAAACCGUUGCAUAUUUUCUCUGUAAUUAAUAUACUGAUUUCUCGAAAACUUGUACCGUGUUUAUCUCACAAUUAUUGGAAAUUGUUGAAAAAUAGUUUUUCUUAGCUGUUUCGAUGCUCCGAACUAAAAUUUAUUGUCAUUUAGUAGUGAAAAAAAGCGGUUGAAGUACACCCUCUGUCAAUCUACCUGCGAGAGAGGUAAACCGAAUUAAUGAAAUUUGAUAUAAAAAUAUCCGCUUAGUGUUCAUAAAAUACCUAAAAUACAAAAAUCUGGCUUCUAUUCAAUCAGUGCUCUAAUAUUUUUCAAAAUAUUUUCCUUAGAACGUGUGAAAUAUGGACGUCAAAAGCUGCGCAAAUUGCCCGGAGAACAUGCAAGUCGGACGAAAUUUGCUUGAAGCUGACUCCGACCAAUCUGCAAAAUUCAAAAGCCGUAUUGUUUGUGUCGUCCCCGGAUGUAAGCAGAGAUAUCGCCCCGGAAUUUCUUUUCAUGCCUUCCCUCCGAAUACGGACAAAUCGCUAAAGAUAGAACCUACCAAAAUCUCCCUACCUACUCUACUCUCCGAGUAUGAAGUCAACAAGCCGUGCCACUGAUCGCUUAAUUCUUAGGCCAUCAGCAGUUCCCGACUUGAAUUUGCCACAACCUCCCAUCAGCGAAGCCAGGAAAAGACUUAUUGAGGGCCAUGCUGAACGUGCUGCAAACCGUGCCAAAGUUGGGGCAGCGAUGGACCAGAGACAUGAUACACCAAACCUUUCAGAUCUUGCCAUCGAUGCUGAAUGUGCAGAUCAUCCCGAAGUCUGUGUUCCUACAGUAGAGAAAGCAGUCCAGGUAGACACUACGGAUUUGGAUGAACUUAAAGUCAAGCGUAUCUCAGCGAUCUCCUUUGGAAGCGAUGACGAUCUUGUAUCAUGGACUGGACUUAAAUCAAGAGAAAUGCUCGAAUCUAUUGUCAAAGCAGUGACUCUCGUGAAGCAGUAUCGUUAAAAGCCUAAAUCUACAGUGAAGCUAGAAGAGGAAAUACCGGAUUCCUGCACAA